CGGCACGGCCGGCCGCACUCGGCGCCCGCCAUGGGCGGGGCCGAGGAAGGGGCCGGGCGGUGCGGAGGCCGCCGCCGUGCUGGUGAAAAAUCGUGAUGUGCGGAGAGUCCUGCGUAGGGAAAGACCUCCAUCGUGCGGCGGUACACGGAGCCCGAUCGCGCCCGCCGGGCACACUCCGCCACCUCUACUUGGCCACGAUCGGCAUUGAUUUUAAAGUAAAGCUAGUAAUGUUUAAUGACACAAGAGUGAAACUUCAAAUAUGGGAUACUGCUGGCCAGGAACGAUUCCAUACACUUAGUACUAGCUAUUUCCGUGGUGCACAAGGCUUUGUUCUUGUAUAUGACAUCACAAAUCUGAAGAGUUUUCAGAGUAUAACAAUGUGGAUGCAAGACAUAUAUGAGAAAGCAGGUGAUGAAGUGGACGUAAUACUGUUGGGCAACAAGUGUGAUAAGGAGUCAGAACGUGUAGUUCCAAAACAGAAAGGAGAAAAGAUUGCUUGGGAAUAUGGAAUACCGUUUUUUGAAACCAGUGCUAAAGAUAAUGUGAACAUUGAGCAUGCAUUCUCACUCUUGACUAAGGAAAUACUGGAAAAGAAAUCCUGUGUAUUAUAUGACUUAGAUGUUGUGACUCUAAAUGAAAGUAAGAAGAGAACCUGCUGUGCAUUCUGAAAUAUUGUUUCAUGAUCCAUUUUCUCUUCAGAAAAUAUUAAGUGUUGCAAAGGCACACACAAGAUUUUAAAAGUGAGCCUGUAAUCCCGAAACACAGUGUUCAGGCAUCCUUUGUAUUACACAGACUUUGUUGCCAAAUGUUUUUAUAUGUUUAUAUUAUAUUUUCAUAUUUUUAAUGUGAAGAUAAAACAGUUAUCUGAUAUUGGAAUGCAUCACAGGAUGACUGUGUUUGCAUUACAAAUGUUUGCAGAAAUGUAAUGUAAGUGUACAAAUUUUCUCUUAUUAAAAAAAAAAUUACCUUGACUUUUUUUUUCUGUGUUAUUUAUACCAGAUUUGUAAUGUAAUGAACGUUGACAUCACCAUCACACGGGCAACCUUCUGAUAUAUGAAAUCAUAUAACAUCUUUUUAAGCACCUGAUAUUUACUGCCAUCUCCUAAGAUAAUUCUAUGGAAAUUUUUGGCUUUUGUUUCUUUUACAUCUAUUUCAGAAACAUAUGUGUUACUUCAAUAACCUUGAAUAGGGAGGCUGCAAAGGUGAGGGCUGAGAAAAAAGAAUAAACCAUAU